AUGCAGAACAACAUACAACGAAGAACUGAUAAUCAACGUACUGUACGUGUUGAUAGAAUGGGUACAAAUGUUUACUCAUCAAAAGAUAAUAAAAGUAUGCAUAAAACAUUAAAUGGAGAAUUUAUUCUUUAUCAAAUGUUACUUGAACAAAUUUCCAAAAGAAAAAAAGAAUUAAUAUUUCAUCAAAAUAGUCUAACAGAAUAUUUUAAACCCGAAAAUUCAAAUGAUCAACAAGUUAUGAAAGAAUUUGAUAAAGAAUAUACACCGGACAAAGCAAUUCAUUGGUAUACAAGAGAAACAUGUAUUUAUAAAAUUUUAAAUAAAGCAUUACGAGCACAAUGUAUUGAUGAUAUUAUUCCAUUUGGAUCAUUUAUUAGAGAUUUAACUAAACAAUUAGAUGAUGAACAUACAUUAUUUAUAAAACAACUAAAAACACCAAUUAUUAAAGUUUAUCGAGGACAACAUAUUAGUAAAGAUGAAGUUAAUCGUCUUAAAUCGGGUAUAAAAGGAUUAAUUUCAAUAAAUUCAUUUUUAUCAACAAGUACAAAUAGAAAUAAAGCAAUAGAAUUUGCAACAGGUCCACCACCAUCUACUAAUGAUUUAACAUCAAUUUUAUUCGAAAUUGAUGUUAAUAUAAAUUAUCUAGCUAAACCAUAUGCUGACAUAAGACGUAUUAGUGCUUUUCCCGAAGAAGAAGAAAUUCUUUUUACAGUCGGUUCAAUUUUUCGUAUUGAUAAUGUAUCUCAUGAUGAUAAACUUAAUCUUUGGAUGGCUAAUUUAAUAUUAUGUUCAUUUGAUGAUGCCGAUAUAAAAGAUUUUUUAUCAUCAUUAAAAAAAGAAUUAAAUGAUCAAAAUGAAUUUGUUUCAAUUGGAAAUUAUUUUAUUCAUAUGCUUAAAUAUGAUCUUGCUGAAGAACAUUUUAAAAAAAUUUUAAAUCAAAAUUUAAUCGAAAAAGAUAUUGAUUUUGCUUAUUGCUAUUAUGGACUUGCACAAGCUAAUAUUAAACAUGAAUAUUAUGAUUUAGCUAUAUCAAAUAUAAACAAAGCAUUAUCAUAUUUAUUAAAUAAUUCAUCACUUAAAAAUCAUUCACUUGUAUCAUCAUGUUAUAAUGAUUUAGGUUCAAUUUAUGCAGAACAAUCAAAUUAUCAACUUGCAUUACAAUAUCUUGAUAAAGCAUUAUCAACAGAUGAUACUAAUAAUGUAUCAAAAAUUUUUGCAUCUUUAUCCAAUGUUCAUUUUAAAAUGUCACACUAUCAUAUAGCAUUAGAAUAUAUUAAAAAAUCUCUUGAAUAUCAAAUCGAAAGUGAAUAUCCAGCAAUUGCAAAUACAUAUAGUAAUAUGGGUAAAAUUUAUAUUGCAAUGAAUGAAUCUGAAAAAGCAUCUACAGUAUUUGAUAAAGCAAUUGAAUAUCAAUUAAAAGAUCUUCCUGAUACUCAUCCAGAUGUUUCUUAUACUUAUAAUGAAAUUGGAUUAAUGUUUUUGGAUAAAAAUAAUUAUGAAAAAGCUUUAGAAUAUAUGGAAUUAGCUCUUCAUUUACAAUCAGAAUCCGUGCCAAAUAAUCAUCCUGAUUUUGCAAUAACAUAUAGAAAUAUUGCUAAUAUAUAUAUGAAAAAAGGAGAUUUAGAUAAAGCUUUAACAUAUUAUCAAAAAGUGUUAGAUAAUCAAUUGAAAACAUUACCACCUAAUACACCUUCAGUUGUUGAAACUUAUCAAGCUAUUGAAAAUAUUUAUCGAAAAAAAGAUGAUUAUGAACAAGUAUCAAUUUAUUCUCAAAAAAUACUUGAUAGUCAAUUAGAAAGAAAGAAAUUAGGUGAUAAAUCAAUAAGUGAUACAUAUAAAAACAUUGGAGAUUAUAAUUUAGAAAAAAAUAAUCUUGAUAAAGCAUUAUAUUAUUAUCUUGAUUUAUUAAAUAAUGAAUUAAAAACAAAAUUUCCUGAAGAUUUUUCAUUAAUUCAUAUUUAUGAAACAAUUGGAAAUAUUUAUUAUAAAAAACGUAUUUUAGAUCAAUCAUUAUUAUAUUAUAAUCGUUCACUUGAUUGUUAUUUUCGAAAAGAACCGUUUGAUCAAUCUAAUAUUGAUGAAAUAUAUAAGAAGAUUGGAAAAAUCUUUUUAAAAAAAUAUGAUUUCGAUCAAACAUUACUAUUUUAUCAUAAUCAAACAUCACAGGACAGAUCAUUAUCAACAAAUAAAAUUCUUGAUAAUAUUUAUUUUGAAAAACGUCAUUUAGAACAAUGUUUUCAUUAUUAUAAAAAAUAUCUUCAUAAACAACGUAAAACAUAUUCGGAAAAUGAUCCAAUAUUAUCUGAUACAUAUUAUAUAUUAGCAAAUAUUUCAUUUGAAAGAGAAAAUUUUGAUAAUGCAUUAAAAUAUUCUCUUUCUUUAUUAAAUAAUGAAUUAAAUCGAAAACAAAUUUAUGAUCCAUCAUUAGAAAAUCUAUUUAAAGCUAUUGGAACUAUUUAUUUUAAACAAAAAAAUUAUGAUCAGUCAUUAAUUUAUUUUUAUAAAUUACUUGAUUGCCAAUUAGGAAAAAUACCAAAGAAUUAUUCAUCAAUAGAUGAUAGUUAUAAUAUGAUUGGAAAGAUUUAUUUAAAUAAAAAUUAUUUUCAUCAAUUUUCAAAUGAUUAUAAAGAGUUAAAGAAACAAUCAUCCAUAACAAAAUCUCAUACAGAUAAUUUUCUUAUUGAAAAACGUCAUUUAGAUCAAACAUUAGGAUAUUUUCAAAAUUUGAUGUAUAAACAAAAUAAUAAUCAAUCAUUAGAUGAUAUUUAUACGAUUCUUGGAAAUAUUUGUUUAGAAAAACAAGAUUUUAAUCAAGCAUUAAAGUAUUUUCAAACAUUACUUGAUAAACGAUAUCAACGAAAUAAUUUUGGAGAUGCAUCGGUAUGUAAUACAUAUUUAAUCAUAGGUAAUAUUUAUGCAAAAAUAUCUCAUAUGGAUCAAGCAUUACAAAAUUACAGACAAGGAUUAUCUGUCUGUGAACGUUUACCAUCAAUAGAUCGAUCUAUAAUUCAUGAACUUAAAUCCCGAAUACGUCAUUUACCUUGUUCAAGAAGAUGA